AUGAAUCAUGAUAGGCCUAUGACAUUAGCUGCUUUCUUGAAAGUUAAUCCACCGAAGUUCAAGGGUACGACUGUAGCAACUGAAGCUGAUAAUUGGUUCCGAGGCAUAGAAAGGUCCUUGAGGGCACAGCAUGUCCUGGAAGAACAGUAUGUAGAAUUUGCUACUUAUAUGUUGGAAGGGGAUGCUCAGCACUGGUGGCAGGGCAUUCAACAUUUUUCCAAGGUUUGUCAAGGGAAUCUAGCAGAUUUCAAACAGUGGAAGUGUUUAAAAUUUGAAGGAGGACUCUGUGAAGAUUUGUUGAACUCAGUGGUUCCAUUGGAAAUACGAAAUUUUGCAGAGUUGGUUAAUAAGAGUCAGCUAGUAGAGGACUGUGCUAAGAAGAUAGCUGCAGCUCGGAUGAAUCGCCCAGGAUCUUCUUUUCAGAAUUAUAAUCGGUAUACAGCUCCUCAAGGAAGGAAUUUUAAGCAGGGAGCAAUGCCUUCACGAAGGUACAAUCAGACUAGAAAUGUUCAUGCACGUCCUAUAGGAGGGAAUGGAGGAAGAAUGAGACAGGAUAUGGGUAAGCGACCUCAGCAGGCGCAGAUGCGACCAGUAUGUAGGCAGUGUGGAAAGGAGCAUGGAAGUAGACCUUGUCAGCUUACAGGCAUUAUCUGUUUUUCUUGUGGUCAACCUGGACAUAUGGUUAAGGACUGUCCGAAGAAGCCGGUACAAGGAAUAGAUAGGCUGCGACAGCAAGGACGUGUGUUUGCUAUGACUGCUGAUGAUGCAAUGAAAUCAGGCUCCCUAAUCCAAGGUCAGUGUUAUGUCAAAUCUCGACUCUUAACUGUACUGUGUGACUCUGGUGCAUCACAUUCAUUUAUUUCUGAGACUGUUGCGCAUGAGUUGGGAUUAGAUUUCACCAUGUUAGAUUAUAAUCUAAUUGUUCGUACACCCACAUCUCAAAAUGCCUUGACUAGUCAAGUAUGUCAACAGGUGCCUUUUGUUAUUGAGGCUAGGACUUUUAUACAUGACCUGCUUUGUUUGCCUUUGUGUGGUUUAGAUAUUAUCUUAGGUCUAGAUUGGUUGUCUAAGCAUCAUGUUUUCCUUGAUUGUUUUAAACGAAUUGCUAUAUUUCCAUCAUCUGAAAUGCACGCUGAACUAGUUGAGUCUUGUACUUUCUAUUUGAAUUCCCUAAGAGUUAUUUCUAGUAAUAGUGGGUUAGAGGGUUACGUUCUACUAUCGGCUAGCUCAGAAACUAAUGAACAAGACUUGGAGCAAAUCCGAGUGGUGAAGGAGUUUCCUGAUGUUUUUCCGGAUGAUAUACCUGAGUUUCCACCUCAAAGAGAGAUAGAGUUUAGUAUUGAUCUGGUUCCUAGAGCCAGACUAAUUUCUAUAGCACCGUAUCGGAUGUCACCGUUGGAACUAGCAGAGUUAAAGAAGCAGUUGGAUGAAUUGCUGGAGAAGAAGUUUAUUCGUCCGAGUGUAUCACCAUGGGGAGCUCCAGUGUUACUAGUAAAGAAGAAGGAUGGUGGAAUGAGGUUAUGUGUGGAUUAUCGGUAA